AUUCACUUUUGUGAGUGGAGGCUGUUGAAACACGUUUUCUUUAAAGCAAUCUUAUCCUAUUAUAUCUCUUUUUUAGCUCGUUUGCUUAAAAAUUAAGAUACUCUGAGUGUUUUUUGGCUUUGUUCUUCAAGCAUUCAUUUCUAGGUAGUUGGGAAAAUAAUUCUCGGCGAGGGUUUAUUAAUCGAUUCACAAGAUGUCUGUAGCAAUGGAUAGGGCGCUUAUGGCUUUAUCUCUGAUGAAGAAGAAGAGGAGCCCUUUACUAUGCCAGAUCGGCUGGGGUUCACCUCGAUUGAAAAAAAUCGGCUCAGUUUUAUGGGGAGAUCUCUUAACCCUGAGUGCCAACGGAUGGCAGGGCUUAUCAUUACUAUGCCACAUAAAUGGCAAAAGGAAGGGAAAGUUAGAGGAAUCGCCUUAUCUCAAGAGAGAUUUCAGUUUAUCUUCAACUCGGAGCACGAUCUUUUAGAUGUGUUGGAGAAAAGGGUUCAGACUUACAAUGAAUGGCCGAUGGUGCUGGAGAGAUGGGUGGAAUAUCCUCCGGAAGACUAUCUUCAGUUCAUUCCGCUGUGGGUCAGGAUUAGGAACAUUCCGGUCGACUACUAUACGACUGAAGCUCUCACAACUCUGGGAGAUAUGGUGGGGAAAACAAUGGUGGUAGCUUUUGAUCCUCUCAAACCUGUGACUCAGGAUUAUAUUCGGGUCCAAGUUCGUUUCAAUGUGGCCAAUCCUCUGAAGACUUGCAGAGUUCUUAACGUCAAGGGAGGGAAAACAACUAUCAUCCAUUUCAACUAUGAGAACAUCCAAAAGAGGUGUUUCACCUGUAAGCGCUUAAGCCAUGAGAAGAGAAUAUGUCCUAUUGUAAUAAGAAAGCGUCAGGAGCAAGCUCAAGGUAGGAGGAACCUAGCAGUGGUGCCGGUUCCUAGAGCUCCAGUGGUGCCGGUUCCUAGAGCUCCAGUGGUGCUUAAUAAGGAUGAUCCCUUAUGUGGGCUUUUUGAGGAAGAGCAGGUGGGUCUGGAUCCUCUCUCGGGAAGACCAAAAAUUGCUAAGGAAGUUUUGGAUGAGAUGAGAAGAUACCUGCUUGCUGAGACUGGUGAAAACAGAGCUGUGAAGAUUGAUAGGAUAAGAGGCACAGUCAAGGAAGCGGAAGCAGAUCCAAUUGCUCAACGUGCUGUUCUACGGUUGGAGCCGGCCCCUGUGGUUACUAGUGAUCUUAACAGAGGGAAAGGUCUGGUCUUCGAUUAUGAUGAGAAAUCUCAGAGGAAGGUGGAUUUCGAUCUUAACGCUAAUCCUAAUAAGCUGAUGGCUGGAGCCUUUAAAGCGUUCAAGGCUUCUCCGGCGACAAGUGUUCCGAUCUUGGAUUUAAGCACUGGUGAGGAAUCCAGUUCUGCUAGUGAUCAUAGGUUUUUCUCUGAUAGUUCAACGGUAUUCCACUCUGGUUAUCUGAGGCCUGGAACCUCCGGAACUAUUAGUAGGAAACCAAGGGUCCGCAGACGUCCUCCAAAAGGGGUUCGCAAAGCCUCUUCUUUGGCAUUAGUUACCCGCUGCCAGGAGCCAGAGGAGAAUAGAAGAGAAGGGAAACAUGAAGAGGGCAGUAGAAAGAUGAAGAAAGUGAUGGAGGACACAUGAAGUAGGUCAAACUCUAAGGCGCAAUGCCUUAACGUGGUCCCGCGUGAGGGAUCGCCCAACGUCCAAUGAGCAUCAUGAGUUGGAAUUGUCAGGGCUUGGGGUGGCCUCAAGGACUGACAAUUCAACGUCUUCGGGAGAUGCGUAAAAAACACUUUCCGGAGAUCCUUUUUUUGAUGGAAACGAAAAAAUCUAAGGAUGUUUUGGUUGAUAUUCAGGUUUGGUUGGGAUAUGACCGAGUGUAUACUGUUAAUCUUGUUGGGUUCAGUGGGGGGGGGGGGGGGUUGGCUCUUUUUUGUAAGAAAAAUAUAAAAAUGGAUGUAAAAUUUGCGGAUAAAAAUAUUUUGGACUGCUUGGUUCAAUAUGGGAAUCAUACCUUUUUCUUAUCUUGUAUAUAUGGUGAACCUGGCCAUGAUGGUCGUGAUGUCGUUUGGGAGAGGCUCUCUCGUAUUGGUGUAAAUAGAAAAGAGCCUUGGUGUCUUAUUGGGGACUUCAAUGAGAUCUUAAACAAUGGAGAAAAGACAGGGGGGACUAGAAGAGCGGAAGCGUCCUUUCAACCCUUCGCGGAGAUGCUGAGGAGCUGUGAUAUGGUUGAGCUGACAAGUAAGGGUGAUAAUCUCACUUUGGGAGGGAAGAGAUGGAACAAAUGGAUCCAGUGUUCUUUGGACAGAAGUUUUGGAAAUAAAGCUUGGCACCAUACCUUUCCCUCUUCCAAUCAAACCUUUUUGGACAAACGUGGUUCAUAUCACAGGCCGGUUUGGAUGAACUUUUUUGCCUCACCGCAAGCAUUUAAGGGCCAGUUCAGAUUCGAUAAGAAGUUUUUGAUGCAGCCGAAUGUUAAGAAAAAAGUUGGUAUUGCGUGGGCAUCAAAUCGAAAUGGGCGUUCAUCUUCUGUAUCUCAGAGAAUUCGGAGCUGUAGGAAUGCCCUUAGUAGAUGGAAGGAGCAAUCUGUCUUCAAUGCCUAGAAGAAGAUCCUUUUGCUUCAGGAAAGAUUGUAAUGGAUGCAAUCUCGAACCUACCCGUGUGCUUUCAUGGUCAACAACAUUAAGAGAGAUCUUUUAAAAGCAUACAGAGAGGAGGAGUUAUUUUGGCGGCAAAAAAGCAGAGAUAAAUGGAUGGUUUAUGGGGAUCGUUGCACCAAGUUUUACCAUUCUUCGGUCAAGACAAAUAGAUCCAAAAACCAGCUCUCAAAGCUGAUAGAUAAGAAUGGUAAAAUGCAGUGGUCGGAAGGAGCCAAAGCAGAAGUUGCAAACGACUACUUCACAGAUCUUUUCAAAUAAUCCAAUCCUAGGUCUUAUACUCCCGUGUUGGAAAGUAUGGAGCCUAAGGUGACAGUGGUGAUGAAUGCCUCUCUGAUCAGACCGGUCUCCAAAGAAGAAGUGAGAGAAGCUAUCUUCUCUAUUAAGCAUGAGAGUGCUCCGGGUCCUGACGGCAUGACAGGCUGCUUUUUUCAAAGAUUUUGGGAUGUGAUUGGGGAUGAAGUGACCAAAGAAAUCCAAGGCGUGUUUGUAUCUGGUACUAUACCACCGGAAUGGAACUUCACGUAUCUCUGUCUGUUGCCUAAGGUCAAAGACCCGGAGUACAUGAAGGACUUAAGGCCGAUCAGUCUUUGCUUUAAACUGUAUAAAGCGGUUUCAAAAAUCAUGGUGAGAAGACUCCAGCCUUUCCUUCAUGAGAUUGUGUCGGUUAAUCAAUCUGCAUUCGUAAGGGAUCGGAUCAUUUCGGAUAACAUUAUUAUGGCGCAUGAAGCUGUCCAUGGGCUGAGAACGCAUCAAAAGAUUUCUGAGGAGUGUAUGGCGGUGAAAACUGACAUGUCAAAGGCUUAUGACCGCGUCGAAUGGAGCUAUCUCAGGAGUGUACUGUUAGCUCUGGGUUUCAGCUUAAGUUGGGUUAAUCUGGUAAUGAUGUGUGUGGGCUCUGUCACCUUCUCUGUCCUCAUCAACGACCAGCCCUUUGGUCUGAUUAAUCCAUAGAGGGGGAUCCGACAGGGUGAUCCGUUAUCUCCUUUUUUGUUUGUGCUAUGCACCGAGGGGUUAACUCACCUGCUUAAUGCUGCGGAAAGAUCUGAUCAAUGGCAUGAGGUUUCUGGAGAACGGGUGUGAGACCCCCGAUCGUAGAUAACCGGAAAUGACACGGUCGAUGUUCCCUGAUGGUCGACCCGAGGUUCUCGAAAUAAAUUCGAUCGCCUUAGACCAACAGCCAAAGAACACAGACGCUCCUAUCGGAUAUUACUCUAGGCUUUUCAACCCAAUAGAGCAAUAUUCGAUAGUUAGUUCGUCCCGGACAAGAACUAAUAUCUUAUGAGAACUCGUGAUUUAUAAACAUCUUUUAUACAUUAUUUAUUUACUUUAAACAUCUUACAAAGUGUUAUAGUUUUAUCCUACGGCCUAUCGCCCAACAACGUUUUAAGUAAAUAUACAUCAAAAGGUACGUUGCAAGGACAACAAAAUACUACCGCUGGUUGGCCGCACCUUCUUGUAACGACCCGGUUUCUUAGCUGGUGAUUCUCGUUAAUUAAUUUGGUCUAAACCGAACUAGUUGCUUUAUGGUUUAAUUAAUUGUCUCAACCUUUCGUUUUGGUUUGACCAAGCUGGUUAGUUUAUCUUAGUUAAUUAUUGUUACCUAGCUAUAUAUAUUUAUUCGUAUGCAUCUCCUCCUUCUUCCCUACCCUAGCCGCACCCAUCUCCUUUUAUGGCGAUCAAAGGAGGAAGCCACUACCACCACUCGUUCGUUGCCGUAGCUGUUUGAUCGGGAAACGGUACGGAACGAGAGAACGUUGGGUUUUAGACGUGGGUUUAAGCAAAGACGUCUUAUUAUAGAUCGGAAGAGUGUUUCGUCGGUUACAAGGAAAGGAAAUAUGUGAACAGAAAGGUGCCGGAGCCUCGAAGGCUUUGCCGGAGAGAUACAACAAGGCGAGAUAACAAAGGUAAAACCCUAAUCUAGCCGCCCAGUGAGUAUCAGUGAUUUCGGAUCCCUUUCUCGUUGCGUUCCCUUCCCUUUAUAUAGUUGACCUCGUACUCUCCCAUGACCUAGUUUGCGUCGUCUUCGUGGGCUUUUAACUCGUUGGGCCGAGAAGCUCAUGCUGUCUCGAGUGGACAUUAAGUCAAGGACGCUUAGACGCGCGUUUCGAGCCAUCGAGCCGAGACACCGUUUCAUCCUGAGUGGGCUGGGCCGUCUGUUCUUCGGGCCCUGAGGGAUGUCGAAUCCAUCCUCUACAGUAAGUCCCCCCAGUUCAUCGAGAUGAACGUCUCGUUGAUCUUGAUGAAUUUAGAAGGUUAAUGGCUUGGAAGGACAGACGGGUCGCCUCAAAGAUAAAAUGCUGGAUCGGGCAUCGCGAGGCAUCGUUAAGUAUUUCGCUCUGUCGCGCGGUUUGAUCAAGUUUAACCAAACCGUUUUUGGUUUGUUAGAUCCGAUUCUGCCCCAGACGCUGGUUUGACUCGGAGUUGGGUCGGUUAUUUUGGGAAACCGAAUCAACGCUUCGGUUUCCUAGGCGGCUAAAAUACUGUUCCCAGGACCAUGUAGGCCCACGUAGGUAUCAUGAUGACGCCUCGGGGAAGUACCUCAUCUCUCCCUUAUAAAUACUUGAUCGUUUCUCUCCUCCUCUAUUCUUCUCUGCAUUAUCCAGGUACUCUCUCUCUCCUUCCCUCCACUUCUCUCUCUAGGUUGUUGUUGUAAUAUAGAUAGCGAUAUGUCGUCUGGGGGAGGUUAUCUCGCGAACAGAAAUGGAAAGAGGUCGCGACCGUAUCUCGUCCUUUGAGAGACGCGGGCGAGGUUCCGCUCGAGGAGUUCGAACGGGUUCAUCAUGACGCAAUGAUGGACACCGGGAGCCUGGAUCUGUCUCAAAGGAUCCUGGUUUCCGAGUCUGCGCGUUCAUUCCGUCAAGAAGUAAGGGGAAACCAAGCCGAGCCGCAGGCUUGCGAUAGAGACGGUUCUGGCGGUGCGAGAGACGGGGUCCCUCCUGCUGACUAUAUGCCGACGUGCUAUUAUCCUGGGGAGAUCUUCAAGGAGCUGCUGGCGAUAGCUCCCGAGUAUCUGCGCUCUCCGGAUGUGAGCGGUCAGACUUGGGAGAACGUUAUGAAGACGCAAUCAACUCCUAACAGCGUGAAGAGGCUCCUGAGGGAGCGCCGCGGAUUUGGGGUGACUUUCUUGAUUCCUUCGGCGAGCCAAAGGCCUUGGUCGCCGCCAGUUGGGUAUCAAUUCGUCUACGAGUCCUAUUUUCGUGAUGAUACGAAGCUUUGGUUCCCAAUUCCCCGACUAGUCACGGCAUACGCGAGGUGCCGAGAUGCAGCGAAAAGUCAAUUUUUGAACGGUUCGUGGCGUAUUGCAGUUGCUUUGAUGGUUAUGGCUGCCGAGAUCGAUAUCUCGCUGAGCGUUCGUACCUUUGAAGAAUUGACGUCCGUCAGUUCGUUGGAGGAUGGCCUUCUAUCGAUAAAAAUGCGGCCAAGCUACAACGUGAUAGGGGGGCAUCCUAAUAAGACGCUCGAUUGGCAGAGGUCCUAUUUCUUUGUUAAAUGUGAUGAUUCUGCCUUCGAGGACCCUCCAGACGAUGACUACCGUGUCUUGUGGAACACUUUGCUUGCCGACCAUCCGACUUCUCGCGAAUACCCGGAAGAGUUUCUUGCGAACGCUCGUGCUAUCGCGAGACUCGCUCAAGAGCACUGGGAGAACAUUUCUUGGGAGAGGGUUCGCCGUUCGAUCGACCGUAUUUCCAGGAGUAAGUCCAUUUUUUUUUCUUUUCAUAUGUCAUGCUGUGGGCUUCUACUCUCUCCUUGAUGAAUUUUUUUUUUUUACAUAUCCUUUGCAGGGGAUUGGGAUUCGAGUUACCUUCCGUCGGUUAACAAGACCAAGAGACGUAUUUCGCUGUUCACCGGUGAAGAGCAGAAGAAAAUCAACGCAGCAAGGAAGAUGAGGGGCCUUCCGGACCUGAGCGCUAUGAUGGCGGGAGAGCUUGGCUUGUCGCAUGCCGAGCCAUUGGUGCCUCCCAACGAGUUGGCGACUGACGACGUGAACCUCGCGAGUUAUGACCAUCGCGAGUCCUCGCUUGGUGUUGUUGCCGCUGCUCCUAAGAAGAAAAAGAGCAAGAAGAGAGCCCAUGACGAGCCGCCUGUCAAUGAUGAUCGCGAGACUCUUACAGAGGGAGGCGAUCGUUCGGAGGGUGCAGAGCCGUCGACGAAGAAGAGAAAGUAGAAGAAGCGACUAUCUUUGGAGGAUAGCAUCACGGGUCGAGACAGCGGAAUUGCUUCCCCCUCUGCUCCAUCUGAUCCGACUGACGGGCCCUCUCUCAACUUGGCCCUAGCGGAUGAACCUCGAAGCGUCUCACCCGAGGUUCCGCUUCAGAAGAAAAGGUCGAAGCAAACUGGUGAGCAAGGGACGACCAGGCGCCAAGUUUCCCCCGUUGCUAUUUCAUCGAACCCUGGGACGUCGGUCCCCGGUCCAUCGUCUGGUGGUAUUCCGGUCGUAAGGAAGACUUUGAGAGUCGAGUUUCCUGACCGUGUUUUGUUUGAGUAUGACGGGCCAACUCCUCUCGUCUACGCUCCUCACAAAUGCGCAGAAUUGGUUAGCCAGAUCAACUGCGGCCCAAAGCCCUUUCCGCCGGUCGCUGACCUGAUCUUCAAGGAUGAGUAUGUUGACGCCGCUCGCACCAAGUUGUUGUGUGACGGGGUUUCGAACUUCGUCAUCGAGAAAUAUGACUCUGCGCUGAAGGAAGCGCUUGCUGAGUCAGAGAAGCUGAAGAAGACGGUGGUGAGUAAGAGCAGACUCCUCCGUCGAAGGAAGGCGGAGUGGCAGGAGAAGUUCGAGAGGAUGGCUGAGAAGAGGGAUCGCGCGGUUGCCCGGAGGAAAGCUCAGAAGAAGAGAGCCGACACAGCUGAAGAGGAGGUUUCCGUUGCUCGUUCUACCAUCGAGGCUCUGGAGCUGCGGAAGGCCAAUCUUAUGGAGGAGAUAGGAGCAAAGGCCGCGGAGCACAAGAAAGAACUGGACCGCCUUAGAGAUUCGCGGA